UAUUAUUAUCAUUAUUUUCCCUCUUCCUUUUAACCCAUACAAAUAUACCAUUUAAGCAACUUCAAAUAUACCUUAUGACCAAUUGUAACAUUUCUGAUGAGCAUUGGAUAGAUUUUUUACAAACAAAUAGCAUAAUCGAAACAAAAGAAGAGAUAAUAAAAAGACAAAAAGUAUUAUUACUAUUGCAAUCAACAUUACGUAAUUUUGUAAGGGAUGUCAUAAAAGAAAAUGAUUAUAAGCGAACCGACCUGAAUUGUAUAUUAUUGCCUUUUGGAUCCUAUGGACUAGGAGGUUAUCUUCGUAAUGCAGAUAUCGAUCUUGUCUUGAUUUGUCCAUGGCUCGUGAAAAGAAAUGCAUUCAACAAAUUCUUUCCAGACAACUUGAAACAUUUAGCUACGAUCCGUGAUGUUGAAGUCAUUCGACAAGCUAGUGUACCCAUUAUCAAAUGUACAGUAGAUUCAAUCUCUAUAGAUAUUUCGUUUGUUCGACUUCGAGAAUCUAAAAUCGAUCCAGGUAUCAAUCUUCUCGACGAUUCUUUAUUAGAUGAUAUUGAUCCUGUUUGUGUGGCUAGCAUGGAUGGACCUCGUGUCAAUCAGUUCAUCAAGUCGCAAAUACUUUCUCAACAUAUCAGUAUCUUUCAACGUUGUCUUCAAUGUGUCAAGUAUUGGGCAAACCAACGUCAAAUCUACAGUAAGCCAAUUGGUUACUUGAAUGGAAGUUCUUGGACAUUAUUAUUGGUAAAAGCCUAUCAAUUAAUACGUAAUUCAAGUGAGGAUAUCACGAUUAGUUCCCUCUUAAAGACUUUUUUUGAGACUUGGAGGGAUUGGCCAUGGCCGGCGCCUGUGAUGUUGACCGGCAGUAUUCCUGGUAAACAUGGUGCAAGGAUUGAAUAUCAAUCGUUAAUGGAAUUUGAAGAUGCCAUCAUGCCUAUCGUUUCACCUUGUUAUCCUGUUUGUAAUACGACUCCUUAUGUUAGAAAGGCAACUUUAAAAAUUAUGUCAAGAGAAUUUGAAAGAGCAUGUAUCAUUUUAAAUGGAAUACAAGAUGAUCAAGUAAACCCAAAGGAAAUAUUAAAAAAAUUAUUUAAUCCAGUUUCGUAUUUUAAAAGAUAUCGACAUUUUAUUACCAUUGUAACAAGCUCAAGUACAAAUAACAGUCACGAGAUUUGGGUUAGAAAAAUGGCACAUAAUAUAUCCCAGUUAGUUUCAUUGAUUGAAAACUCUACUGAAUUAAAACUUAUACAACCUGUGAUAAAGCCCAAGAUAAUCAUAAAAAAUUAUCGUACUCUACAAGAAUGUAAAGCAUUACAAGCAGGUAUGUCUUUAGAAGAAGCAAAGGUCUUGGAUCAGACAGGCACACUUUGUCCAGGCACGAUUUAUUUAUCUUAUUAUCUUAUUGGUGUUCAACUGGAAGAGUCAUGUAAAUUCAUAGAUCUUUCAUCAGAAGUAAAUAGAUUCAAAGCAUCAUUAGAAAGUAAAAGAAACAAAAAUGACAGUGAUGUACAAUGGGCUAUUAAUGUCAUGACAAGAGCAGAGGUGUCUAAUUUAUUAGGAGGUGUUAAGGACUUUUAAUCUAUAUAGUGUUCCUAGUAGAUAUGUAUGUACAUAAUAAUAUGACACAAUAAAUAAAUAAAACAAAACAAAACAAAAUAAAAUAAUUUAUUUACUUAUGAACGUAAUAAUGCUAUUU